CCUCUGCUGAAGACAAGAAGGGUGGGGUGGGCCCUCAGCCACCGUACCAUGCCAGGGGACCCUGGCACCUCCCACAGGUCUGUUUCCUUUCCCCACCCAGGAAGCUAAGCAGCCAUUCUUGCUGGACUUGUCAGACCUGGACCAUGCAAGCUGUGGAUCUCUUGGGUAGUCUUCUUUCCAGAGUGCAACCUUCGCCAUGGGCCUCUCACCGGCUCUGCCUCUCUUCCUACUCCUGGCCUUCAGAGCUGGGCUCCUCACUCUCCAGCCAGCUUCUGGAUCUCAACCACCCUCUGCCUCCUCCUCAGACUCUGCACAGGGCUUUGUUUCAGAAGUCUCUUCCAGCCAGGCCCAGAGCUGGAACUUUUCAGAUCAACCUCCAGGUUCGGAAGCUUCUGCUGGAAUCCAUGAUUCGAGCUGGUUUCCUUCCGGGCUGAAUUUAAGCCAUGUACCUGGAUUAUUCUGGACCAAUGUGUCUUCCGGGGGACAGCAUCUCACCCCUGAUGUCACCUUCUCUAAAAUCCCUCCUUCCAAAGACUCUGGGCCUUCCUUCUCUGUCAAGACUCCAGCUUCACACACAUCAUUUCAAGCCCCAGACACCAAAGUGUCCACCAAAGCCCCAGGGUCAAAGCUAUCCCCGGAGCAUCAGAACCUUGAACUUUCUGUCCAGAACCCAGAAUCUGAAAUUUUGUCGGAGACUCGCCAGGCUGCAAGCUUCCCCCAGCAGGUGGGAGGACCCCUGGCUGUGCUAGUGGGCUCCACCAUCAGGCUCCCCCUGACUCCAGUUCCCAGCCCCAGGGCCCCUGCUCCUCUGGUGGUCUGGCGCCGGGGUUCCAAGGUAUUGGCAGCUGGGGGUCUGGGGUCACAGGCUCCCCUGAUCAGUCUGGACCCCAUGCAUCAAGCCCGCCUGAGAUUUGACCAGAUUCGAGGGGGUCUGGAGCUCACCUCUGCCCGGCUGGAUGAUACAGGGGUGUACACAGUUGAGGUCAUCAGGGGAGGAGUCUCCCAGCAGAUUCGGGAGUUCGUGGUGGGUGUGUAUGAGCCCCUACCCCAGCUGUCGGUACAGCCCAGGGCUCCAGAGACUGAAGAGGGAGCAGCCGAGCUGCGGCUGAGCUGCGUGGGGUGGAACCCAGGUAGCGGGGAGCUGAGCUGGAGCAGAGAUGGACGUGCCCUGGGGACCCCAGACCCUGAAGGCGCAGAGCCACCUCGCAUCCGCGCGGAAGGGGACCAGCUGCUCAUCUCACGGCCGGUACGCAGCGACCACGCUCGGUACACCUGCCACGUCCGCAGCCCCUUUGGCCACACGGAGGCUGCAACGGACGUCAGUGUUUUCUACGGCCCGGAUGCUCCCGUCGUCAGGGUCUCCUCCGACCGCGACGCCAGCCCUGCGCUCUACGUCACUGCGGGCAGCAAUGUGACCUUGCGCUGCUCGGCCCCCUCGCGGCCGCCUGCGGACAUCGCGUGGAGCCUGGCGGACCCCACCGAGGCUGCAGUGCCCGCCGGGCCUCGCCUCCUGCUGCCCUCUGUGGGGCCGGGCCACGCCGGUGCUUACGCCUGCAUCGCCGCGAACCCCCGCACCGGCCGCCGCCGGCGUUCCGUGCUCAACCUCACUGUGGCUGAUCUGCCCCCAGGGUCCCCACAAUGCUCCGUGGAAGGGGGUCCCGCGGAGCGCAGUCUUCGCUUUCGCUGCUCCUGGCCCGGCGGGGUUCCUGCCGCCUCCCUGCAGUUCCAGGGUCUCCCGGAAGGCGUCCGUGCGGGACCGACGCUGUCUGCACUCACGGUGGCUGUCCCCGCCCGCCCGGAGCUCAGCGGGGUCGCCGUCACCUGCCUGGCCCGCCACCUGGUGGCCACACGCACCUGCACGAUCAUCCCUGAAGCCCCCGAGGAAGUGCUGCUCCAGCCAGUGGUAGAGGAAACACAGCCAGGCGAUGUGGUGGUGGCACUGGAGGCCACUGGCUGUCCCCCACCCUCAAGAGCAUCCUGGGCCCGGGAAGGGCGGCCCCUGGCCCCAGGAGGAGGGGGUCGACUGCGGCUUAGCCAGGAUGGCCGGAAGCUCCUCAUCAGCAACUUCAGCCUGGACUGGGACUUGGGGAAUUACUCUGUGCUCUGCAGCGGUGCACUGGGCGCUGGAGGCAACCAGAUCACCCUUACUGGGCCCUGCAUUUCCUCCUGGAGGCUGCAGAGAGCCCAGGAAGCAGCAGUACUCACCUGGGACGUGGAGCGAGGCGCCCUGCUCACCGGCUUUCACAUCCAGGCAUGGACAGAUGGCUCUGACCUGGACAGAGUCACCAUGAGUAGGGACUGGGUCUCCCUGCUCAUCCUGGGCCCUCAGGAACGAUCAGCCGUAGUGCCACUCCCUCCUCGGAACCAUGGGACCUGGGCUUUUCGCAUCUUGCCAAUCUUGGGGUCUCUGCCAGGGACCCCAUCCCAAAGCCGGGUCUACCAGGCAGGCUCUGCCCUGAGUCCAGGGGCCAUCGCUGGCAUCGUCCUUGGCUCCCUGCUGGGCUUGGCACUGUUGGCUGGCCUUCUCCUCCUGUGUAUCUGCUGCCUGAGGCAUUCCCCAGGAAGGCCAUCUGUGAAAAAGCAGCACUCCCUGACCCUGGCUCCUGUGCUCACCCCACCGGGAAAAAAGAUGCAGAGUUUGACCCCAGUGCAGACCCCACAGCCCCUGCCCAUCAAAAGCCAGCGGCAGAGCCCUCACCCAGUCAAGGCCCAACAAGUCAUCAGUCCAGGUAGCAGCCCAUGGCCUGUUCGGGCAGCCACCCAGGUAUGACAGAAUCCAGUGGCCCAUUCUCCAUGAAGUGUUUUGUGGUGCAACUUCCUGCUUUGGCCCAGCAGCAUGGUGCCUCCUGUGACUGAGGAAUGGACCCUAAGGAUGGGACUUCCUGUCUCCCUCUUGUCUAAGAAGACACAACUGUAUUUUUUUUUUUUUUUUUUUGCAUCUAAGGACAUCAGUGUGACUCUGGGGCUGAGAGAGCCACCUGCAGAUGGGUGAACGUGGUUGGCACAAACUCAGAACAUCUGAUGUGUAGGGCUUGCGGUUUAGCUCCAGGCUAGAAGGGGAGCUUGGCCUUCUGCCACCCUUUCCCACCUCCUCCUGGCCACAUCCCCUCAGCCUCCAGAGGCUCCCAUCAUCUAACACAUCAGAUCUUGCAUGGAUCCCAUUCCCCACUCCCUCCCCCAUCUUUGUUUUGUUUGACUAGGAGUCUCAUGUAGCCCAGGCUGGCUUCAGACUUGUUAGAUAGUCCAGGCUGGCCCUGAACAAGAGAGUUCUCCUGCCUCCAUCUCCCAAGUGCUGGGAGUGCAGGCAGAAGCCCCCUCACCUACCCCUUACAUUUUUCUUUUUUUUUUUUAAUGAGAAAGAAUCUCAUAGCCCAGGCUGGUUGGCCUCCCACUUCUCAGUCUUCCUGCGUCACUUUCCUGGAUGUUAAGAUGGUGGCCACGCACUACCAUGACUACUCUCUCUGGCUUCUUUCGCUAAGUUUUUCUAUGCCUGUACAUAGUGUUUAGACAUCAUUUGGUCUCUGCAUUUUAACCUUUGAGGCCUGUGGUUUGACCUCUGUUAACCCCUGUGACUUCCCUCCCCAAGACUACUUCUCCUUAGGCCUUCUGCCAGCCACACACCCCCCUCCUCCAGCGCUUUGUCUCUAGAGUUUGCUCUGCCUGGACACUUCUCUUUCCCAUGUUAUUAUCAAGGCUUGCAGUAGCCGUUAGCACAUCAGAAGGACAACCCCUCCCCCAGUGAGGAUGAAGAAGUCCCACAGUCCCCAGCGUCCCUUCCAUCCUGUGAGUGCAUAAUGACAGAUAUCAGUAAGUGUCCCUCUCUGAUCUGAGAGCUCAGGGAGCCACACAGCACACCAUUGUCCCAGCAGAAACAGCCUGGCACACAGCAGGCACGCAAUAAAUACGCAUGGACUGACGGACUGUUCUGCUGCCUCUGAA